UAAUGUUCUCUCUCUAAUUUCUUCUUCUUUCUCAAAUUUCCCGGCGAAACAGAGAAUUGCCGCCGCCGCCGCCGCCACCGUGUCUGCCGUCGUAAACUUCUGAGCUGAGUUAAAUUCGGCCGUAUUUCAUGGUUCCCCUCGUGUUUAUUCGUCUUAGUCAAAUCUGCCGCCGAAAUGCAGCACCCACAACACUCCUCAAUGGCGUCGUUCCUCUCUCUACCGUCAGACCAAUUUCUCACGCGGCUGUAGCUGAUCACAAUCCGGAAGCCUCACCGCACACCGUUAUUAAACGAGUCUGCUUUUGGGUUUGUGAUUCAUACUACAAUCAGCAGAAAAAAUCGACUCAUUCCGAUUCAACGCGCCCUCUUCUAAAUUUACCAAUAGACGCUGAUUCCUUGACGGCGGAUCAGGCAAUUACCGUAAUCGCUUCAUUGGCUGAUGAGGCCGGAUCGAUGGUGGCGCUGAGUUUCUUCCAUUGGGCAAUCGGGUUUGCGAAAUUCAAGCACUGUAUGAGGUUUUACAUUGUCGCGGCAAGCUGCUUGAUUAAAAAUGGAAACUUUGAGCGGACCCAUGAGGUUUUGCGUUAUAUGCUGUGGAAUUUCGCUGAGGUGGGAAUGUUGAAGGAAUCAAUCGACAUGGUUCUCGAGCUGCGUAGCCAUGGAUUAGUUUUGAGCUCCCACACUCUGAAUUGCGCGUUGAGCGUGGUGAAUGGGAUGGGCUGUUUUGAGAUUGCGCAGAAUGUGUUCGAUGAAAUGUGUGAGAGAGGGGUCAUUCCGGAUGCUUACAGUUUCGAGUCGAUGGUUGUUGCUUAUUGUCGAGCUGGGAGGGUUUCGGAUGCUGAUAGAUGGUUGAGUGAUAUGUUGAGCAGAGGCUUUCUUGUGGAUAAGGCUACUUGUAGUUUGAUUCUCAAUAUGCUAUGUGCAAAUGGUCGUGUGAACCGAGCGUUGUGGGUGUUCAACAAGAUGGUUGAGAUUGGACUGAAGCCGAAUGUGGUUCAUUUUUCUUGUUUGAUCAAUGGGUUGAGCAGCAGGGGAAGUGUUAAACAAGCGUUCGAACUGCUGGAGGAGAUGGCGAGGAGAGGGUUGAAGCCGAAUGUGUAUACUCAUACAUCAUUGAUCGAUGGCCUUUGCAAGAAAGGUUGGACGGAUAAGGCAUUUAGGCUUUUCUUGAAACUUGUUAGGAGCGACAAUUACAAGCCCAACGUGUAUACGUAUACUGCCAUGAUUGAUGGAUACUGCAAGGAGGAGAAGCUGCAACGAGCGGAGAUGUUGCUGGAGAAGAUGAAGGAGCAAGGACUGUCUCCGAAUGUGAAUACCUACACUACCCUUAUUGACGGUCAUGCUAAGGCUGGGGAGUUCGACAGAGCAUAUGAAUUGAUGGACGCGAUGGAGAAAGAUGACUUGGCUCCUAAUACUUGGACGUAUAAUGCUGUUAUGAACGGCUUCUGUAAGAAAGGAAGGCUUCCGGAAGCUUAUAAAUUGCUGAAAGUUUGCUAUAGGAAUGGGGUUUUUCCUGAUAAAUUUACAUACACAAUUCUGAUAUCUGCUAGCUGCAAGCAGGAUGGUGAUGUUAGACGAGCUUUCGCGAUUUUUAGUGUGAUGUUAAAAGAGGGGAUUGGUGUUGAUAUGCAUACUUACACGUCGUUGAUCUCAUUGCUUUCAAGGCUAAGGAAAAUGGGAGAAUGUGAGAGAAUUCUUAGUGAUGCUGCGAAAAUGGGACUCAACCCAACCACACAGACGUAUACAUGUAUGGUUUCUGGGUAUUGUCGAGAUGGAAACAUUGAAAAGGCAAUGAAAGUCUUCAAUGAGAUGAGUGAAUAUGGCUGUGCACCCGAUAGUUUUACUUAUGGUGCGCUGAUAGGUGGUCUUUGCAAGGAAUCAAUGCUGAAUGAGGCUAGAACACUUUUUAGUGAAAUGAAUGACAAAGGUUUUUCGCCAUGUGAAGUUACUCGAGUGACGAUAGCUUAUGAGUUGUGCAAAAAGGGUGAAUCUUCAGCAGCAAUGGCUUUGUUAGACAGAUUAGAACGAAAACUGCGGGUUCGCACUGUUAGUACAUUAGUCAGGAAGCUUUGCAGUGAGCAGAAAGUAGACGUUGCCGCACAGUUUUUUGAUAAACUGUUAGAUGCAACCAAGACUGUGGAUCGUGUGACGCUUGCAGCAUUCAUGACUGCAUGCUACGAGAGUAAUAACUAUGCACUCGUUUCUGAUAUGUCUACGAGGAUGACAAAAGAAAAGGUGGCUCGGUAACACGAUGAGGAUGUGAUUUGCUUGUGACAAGUUAGAGCAGCACCUCAUGAUCUCGGCGCAUUUGAAAUGCUUGCAGCAGAAAGGUGUCUCGUUGACAAGUACGAUGAUAUGAUUCUCGUCACAACAAGUCCAGGCAGCACUGCGCCAUUUCAAACAAUCAAAAGGCAGAUACCGCGGAAGCAGACUGCAGGUUAUAUUUAGGGGGAGUCGAUGAGGCUUACCGGCGCCCUCAUCUCUGGUUGAGGUUGCGCCAAUUCUUCUCGUUGCCGAUGAAGUUGAGCUCAUCAAUCCUCGCGCUGCUUGCCUAUGAUUGAGUGGCAGCAGUUGCAAGAAGUUAACCAAUGAUUCUCAUGUGAUAAUGACUCACGGUUUACUUUGUAAGACAUUUUUCAUCGAACCAAUGAUAAGAAGCUCGAGGGUUCGAGUAACCACAGCUACGAGGGUAAAUGAGAUACUAUUACCGAUCCUCUUUAAAAUGAAAUUUAGUUGUUUAGCUGAUUAGACAUACAAAGUGUUUUGCAAUUUGCAUAUUAAUUUUAUUUUAUUGAAGCAAAA